UCUCCUAGCUGAUUCAUCUCAUACUCUGUCAUUAAGGAUUUUGAAGUUGCCUUCCUUUGGUGUUCAGAUGAAGAGAAAGAAGAUACGGUGUAGAUUACUGUUGUCUUGAGUGGGUUAUGUCAUGUUACAUUCUCCUCUACACCUCAGCUGAACCACUGGAAACAACUUUGAUGCUGUUCUCUUCUGCUCCAGUUUGUGGUCUCUUUCAGAAUCCAAUCUGUCAGACCUGGAAGCACAAAGAAUAUGGUACCUUGUGCAAAGAUGUCAAAUGCAUUGCCGUUUAUCUUGCUCUUCAUAUUCCCAAUGCUGCUGUCUGGGGCUUGGUUUCCCAAAACUUUACCCUGUGAUGUUAAAUCUUCAGAAGGUGCUGUGACAGUGGACUGCACUGACCGGCGCCUUACAGAAGUCCCCAGAGGGAUCCCUGGAAAUGCUACCAACCUUACGCUGAGUAUUAAUCAUAUUCCCCAUAUCUACCCAACGUCCUUCAAUCAUCUUGAAAACCUCGAGGAGAUUGACUUCAGAUGCAACUGUGUGCCUGUCAAACUGGGGCCCAAAAAUCAUGUGUGCACCAGCCCACUGAAAAUCGAGAAUGGUAGUUUUGCUGCCUUGACAAGAUUGAAGGCAUUGUACCUGGAUGCAAACCAGCUGGCAGAAGUACCCCGAGGUCUUCCUGCUGCUUUAAGCCUGCUGAGUCUGGAAGCAAACAGUAUCUUUUCUAUCCAAAAAGCCAGCUUCUCGGAGCUAGGGAACAUAGAGGUGCUGUAUCUUGGACAGAACUGUUACUACCGCAAUCCAUGCAAUGUUUCAUUUGAAAUUGAGAAGACAGCCUUUCUGGGGCUGAAAAAGUUAACAGUACUAUCCCUGAAGUCCAACAACUUAACACAAAUUCCUCCCAGUUUGUCAUCUACUUUAAAGGAAUUGUAUAUUUACAACAACAUGAUUCAAGAGAUUCAAGAGCACGAUUUAAGUGGUCUUCCCAACCUAGAAAUUCUCGACCUAAGUGGCAAUUGCCCACGUUGCUAUAAUGCCCCAUAUCCCUGCAUUCCCUGUCCCAAGAGCUCGAUUCAGAUACAUUCAAAUGCUUUUGAUUCUUUGGAAAAAUUAAGAAUUUUGCGGCUUCACAGUAACUCU